AUGAUUCCCUCAAACAAAUUACCAACAGAAAUUGAAAUAUUCUAUUUCUAUUAAUAAGCCAUCAAUAAUUUAGAAAAAGGCAAAUUAGAUGAUGCAAAAACCUAACUUAAAAGUCUACUCUAUAGCAAUUUUAUUAAAAAUUAGGAUUAUAAGACUGUUCAUUAUGCUACUUUAAUUUCAUUAGCUGAAAUUUAUGGAAGAAGUAAUUCUAUUCAUGAGAAGUGUGAAGCCUUAAAAUACUACUAUGAAAGCAAUUUAAUUAUAUAAGAUUCCUGGGAAACAAAUAGAAAAAUGGCUAUUCUUUUUAGAGAAAUAGGACUCAUUUCAAAAGCGUUACAUUUAACAAAAAAUGCGUAUUUAUUCAUCUUAAAUAUUUAGUUUAGAAUCUUGUAAUUAAGUCUAAGGUAAACAUAUAUUAUAUUAUUAAAUAUGUUGUUUAUCAUUCUUAAUUAAUGAACUUGAAAACUUUGAUUUAUAUUUACAAAUGAUUCCUAACUAAAAAAAAUUUAAAUAAUAACUCUUAGAGUUGGAUUCAUAUAUAAAAAAGUAAACUUAAACUUAAUUUGUUAAUGAACUUCUUGAAGAAAGAAGCUUAAUUUCAAAAAAAAUAGCCACUAUUCCAAAAUAAUAUUUAUCUCUAGAUUAUUUUUAUUAAGAAUAUCAAUACGAAAUUUAUAUACUUGAUCUACAUAAGUUUUUCAAAAAAAUCAGAAGAUUAUUAUUAACUAAUUUACAAAUAGAUGAUAACACAUUUGAAGUACAAUAAAAAGAUAUUUCAAUUCUCCCAAAAACUUUUUUUAUAAUCAAAUCUAAAAAUGAAAAAUCUAUUAAUAAAAAUAAACUACAAGAGUAGCUACAAAAAAACAUUAAAUAGGAUUUGAAAAAAAAAUUAUUAUUAAAUUAAUUUGAAUAAGCCAAUAUGAAGAAGUUUUCUUUACAAUCUAUUUUAUAAAAAUAAAAUUUUUAAUCUAUAGAAAUAUUUAGAAAAUGCGGUUUAGAUAUUGAAUAAAUUUCAAUCUUUGGCAAAAAUACAAUCUUACAAAAUUAAUUAACUCAAGGUAUAUAAUAAUAAUAGCUUAAAUAAAUUAGUAAUAAUAAUGUAUUGGGAUAAUAUUUAAUUAAUAGAUUAAAAUCAUAAUAGUUUUCCAUUUUUAAUUUAUUUAAUAAACUUACCGAAUUAAUAUUUUAAAUACCUGAAGAAUUAAAUUUAGAUUAAGAAGCUGUAGAUUAAGUAUAAAAAGAUUUAGUAAAAUGUUAUAUUUGGGCAUAAUAUUUUAUGGAUGAAUUUACUAAUGAUCCUAAAAUUGAAAUUAAAAUUUUAAUCUAAAUGUUCAACAUAUUUAAAUUAAAAAUUAAAAAUCAAAAAACUUAAACUAAGGAGUAAAUCAUAAUAUUAAAAAAUUAUUAAAGAUUGAUAUUAAAAUAUAAUGAUAAAUUGCUAUUUUAAAUUAGUUUUAAAAAAGAUUAUAAAGAGGAGCAAAUUUCUUAAACAAAAGAGUUUAGAAUAAUUAUCACUCAGAUUCAUAAUGAGAUUGGCAUUCUAAAAAAGGUUUUUCCUUUGACUGAUAACUAAAAUCAACUAAAUAAUACUCCUAAAUUAAGUAUAACUAUGGAAUCCUCCUUAAAUGAAAUACUAGAAAAUUGGGAAUCACCAUAUUAUUUUAUUCAAAAAAAAGAUCAAGUAUCUAGUCAUUUAUCAAAAAUACACACUUAUGUAAAAGAAGAAAACAAAUAAAUUGCUACUUUAGAGACUUAUUAAAAAAUAAUAAAUGUUUGCAUAAAGUAGCUUUAUUUUAGUAAAAUAAAAGAUUAAUGUAAGUAAGUAUUCAUGAUGAUUAAACCAAUUUUUGAAACAUUAUAUAGGUCAAUAUAAAUUAAUUAAAUAUUAGCUUUAUGUUUUCUCAAAUUAUCAUUUAUUUAUGGAGCUUUAGAUGAAGAAGCAAGUUAACCAUUAGUUUUAUUCUUAACAUUUUAUUAUAAAAACUUAGAAUUUCCCUAUAAAGAAUUAUUUUUAAUAACUAUUCUAUAAUAAAGAUAGAUAUAACUCUGUAAGUUUUUUGAAAUAUUUAAUUUGAAUAUAGUGAUUAAAGACUUAAUUAAUUUAAGAAUUAAAAUGAAACAAGAAUUUCAAAAGACUUAUGAAAAUUUUUUAGAAUAUUUUUAAGAACAUGAAGAUGUGCAGUAUUAUUUAAUGAAUUAAAUAAAUGAAAAGCCAGGCAUAUAUGGCCAUUGUUUUGUUAAAAUAAAUCAAACUCCUAUUGAAGCUAAACCUGAAAAUCCUGGUAAAGACUUACAAGUUCUUGAAAAUUUUUCAAGUGAAUCAGAAGAUGAUUACUACUAUCCUUAUCCUUAUUAUAAUAAUUUUAAAGAAAUUAAAUUAAUGAAUGAUUAAUUAACUGAAUCUUUUAAAAUUGGAUAAAAUUAAUAUUAAUUUAAAUAUGAAAAAUAAAAAUAUUUAUUAAACCAUAAAUUAACAGUAAAUUUAGGAGAUUCUUAAAUAUCUAACUAAAUAAAAAGAAUUUCAAAAGAAAUAAUGAAGUAAAAAUAUUAAUAAUCUACUAAAUAACUUAAAAAAAAAUUUAUUGUAUAUUUUUUUGAGAACUAUUAUUUCAAUCAAAUUCAUAUUGAAUACUUAUUAUCAGAAGAUGAAAUUAAAUUUAUUGGUUAUUUCUUGCCAAUUUCUUAUAAUUUCUUUCUAGAUAAAAAAAUAGUCAAUACUUUUACAAAUAAUAUUGUCUUAAAAAAUAUACCAAAAAAAAUAGAUUCACGUAUUUAGCAGUAUGCAGAUGCUUUAUAUGAAUAAUUUUUUUCAAAGUAACCAUAAAAAUAAAUGCCUAAACUUAAUGAAAUGAAAGACUUUUUAGUAUCAUAAAAGUUGCAAAAUGAAUAUUUGGCAAAUAUUUAUUAUUUAUUAUAAGUAACAAGAGAAGAUGAGAAAAAUUGUAUGAAUAUUUUAUUAGCAAUUGCAUUUAAUGAAAUACCAUAUUUCUGGAAUUAUUUGUAUAUGAAAAUUUUUCGUCUAGCAUAUAAUUAAUUAAAUUAGAAAAUACAGACUUAAGAAAAUGACUGGUUUAUUUGUUAAAAAAAAAUAUAAGUUCACUUAUAAAAAUAAUUAAGUUUGAUUCAUCUUUUUGAAUAUAGAUUUAUUAUGGAUUUGCUAAAAGCUUAGUAAAGAUAGAAUGAAUAUGAAAUUUAGCCAAAUGAAAAAAAUUAUUAAAAAGUUUAAUAAGCUUACUAAUUCAUACUUUAACAAAAUUAAUUCAUUAUACCUUGUGAUAUUUGUCAGUUGUAUCAUAAUUUUAGAGCCAUAUUGCUUAUUGAAAAAAAAAUUAUGAGAAAACUUAGAAAUGUUUCAAUUGAAAGAAUUAAUUAAUCAAUUUCUAGUUACUCUUAAAUUACUAAACUCAUUUUAUAAAUGAAAGAAUAAAAAAUGAUUUAUUUUUAUAAUUCUUUGGAUGGUGAAGUUGAAAGUUUUUCUGAUUUAUAAAUAAAUGUUUACAAAUAUUUAAGAAGAUUUAUACAAAGUAAUUCUGCAGAAGGUGUAAAAUAAAUAUUGAAAACGAUAGAAGAUAAAAUUCCAUUUUUGAUGGAAGUUAUAAAAGAUAAUUAAAAUUUCUAAUAUUGUUUGUCUCCAGAGAAAAGAAAUUAUAAAAUUCCUUUGUAGGAAAAAUAAGAUGAAGAUUAAAAUUAAUAUUUAAUCUCAAAUUAUUAUCAACAAAAAAUAAAUGUAGUAAUGGUAAAUUUAACCGUAUUUUUUGAAAAAAUUAAAUAGAGAAUAAAUUGUAGUGCUCCUUAAAGAUAUGUAAUAGAAGCCAUCUAUUAUUUAUGUCAUAUUCAAUUACAAAAUAAAAAUUUGUCAAAAAAUUAGCUAGAUAAUUUAUAUGAAACCAUUUCUAUCAUAUAUUCAUCAGAUAUCAAAGAUUUAGUAAAAUAUUAAAAAUAAUAUGGAAUCUAAUAUUCUGAACAAGAUGAAGUUUUAAGAGAAUAUUAUCAUCAUGAUCUCAUAUUUUUAUACUAGAAAUAAAAGAUUAUAAAGUUAUUUAUUAGAAUAAAUAUUGCAAAUAAAAAAUGGAAUGAACUUUUAGAUUUAAUUGUAUAAAUGCCUAAAAAUUUUGAUUUAAGAGGAUAUCAAAUUUGUUUAGCUUUAAUAGAAAAUUAAAAAUAAUUUGAUGACCCUUAAUUAUUAUUAGAUGUCUUAUGUCAUAUUGAUUAUUUUCUAAAGAGAAAUUAAUAAUAUACUUUUUUGAAUGAAAAUAAGGAAUAUAAAGACAUGUUCAUAAAAUUAUAUAAUGUAUAUUUCAUUAAUUAGUAAAAACAAAGAGAUACACAGUCAGAUAAAGAAAAAGAACUUUAUGCCAAAAAGUUUAUUGAAAAUUAAUCUAAAGAAAUUAAAAAAACCAAAAGAGACAAUCCAUAAUGUUAAGAUUUACAAAAUAUUAUAGAGAUUGGUUGA